UGGCCCCUAUAGAAGCAUCUACUUCUCAGCCUCAAACGGCCCACAUCACCGAAGAUGAAGCAUCUCUCUAUGACCGUCAAAUUCGUCUUUGGGGUCUUGAAGCGCAGAACCGAAUGCGCAGCUCCACCGUGCUCCUCUUAUCCCUACGUUCGGUGGCUCACGAGACUAUCAAAAAUCUCGUCUUAGCUGGGAUAGGUCGAUUGAUUAUCAUGGAUGACGGAGUGGUCACUCCUGAAGACCUCGGAGGGGGUUUCUUGUUUCGAGAAGAAGACGGAGCGGUGGGGAAGUUGAGGACAGAAGCGUCUUCACCGCAGAUUGCCUCGCUCAACCCUUUGGUAGCCCUCACGGCUGUGCCUACCCUCGCUCCUUUCAUCAGGAAUUCUCAGACGGCAGGUGCCAAGGUGGACAGUGAAGAAGAGAUGGUGGAGUACUUGCAAAGAGAAAAGGUUGAUGUGGUCGUAUGUUGCGAUAUGACUUCGGAGGAGGUUCUUCGGAUAGAUGCUGCUGCGAGAAACGCCGGAGUCAUGUUCUAUGCAGCUGGAUCAUUCGGAUUCUAUGGAUAUGUAUUUGCGGAUCUUGGAGAUUCUUAUGAAUACGUUUUCACACCCCCUUCCAACCCCUCCAACCCUCCCCCGUCUCUUCAAAAGAAACUCUCUAGGUAUUCCCCCUUCUCCCGUGUUCUCGAUCGUUCUCAAUGGCAUCUCCCCCAUACAUCCGGAGCCAAAGGUGGUAGUCCCUAUCGCGGUUUGACUCGAAGUGUGACCAAAGAUCGUACUCCCGGUCCUACUUUGGGAUUACUGGCUUUGUGGGAGUUGGAGAAGGUACAUGGACGGUUGCCCCUUCCUGAAGACUCGGAAGAGAUGAGGGAUGUCGCUGAGGGGUCAAGAAGAGAUUUGGGGGUGAACGAGAAAGCUUUACCUGGUGUUGAAGGGGGUAUGAUCGAACAUCUGACUCAACACGCAGCUCAUUUCUUCCCUCCAACAUUAGCCAUCUUGGGUGGUUUACUAGCUCAAGACGUACUCCGCGCGUUGAGUAAAAAAGAUAAACCUAUCGUCAAUCUUCUAGUCCUAGAUUCGAUGGGUGGAACGGCCAACGUCAGUAGAUGGGCAAUGGACGAUGCCGUGGAUGCGUAGAACAGAAUAUCUCAGAGAAAUCACCUAUCAUCGUUCGCCAAGCAUCAAGCAUCAAUAUCGUCAUAUGCAUGUGAUUAUCUACCG